AUGGUCCAUCACAUGCGACCACUAUACAUUACGGCAGACAUCAGCGGUAUCAAAGUUAGCAAAAUCAUGAUUGACACCGGAGCAGCCGUUAAUGUUGUCACUACUCGGACCAUGCACUUGCUUGGGAUUAAGCGGGAGAAGAUCCAGUCCACGUCUCUUGCACUCAAAAAUUUCGCAGGCACAGUGACAAAAACCUUAGGGCUAUUGUUCUUGCGCAUUAAGGUCGGCCCAGCCGAGGGAGUCUAUGCCUUCUUCGUGACGGAUUGCUAUGCGGCCUACAGUGCCAUUUUGGGCAGAGACUGGAUCCACAGGAGUUACUAUGUACCCUCGACACUUCAUCAAGAGCUGGUUAUGUGGAAUAGGGGAACAGAUACGGCGGAAGUGGUCAAAGCAGAUCCCCGUCCAUUCCCGAAUGCUGGUGCGACUUAUCAAAGAGCCAUGAACUUGAUCUUCCACGAUAUACUGGGAAAGGUUUUAGAGAUAUAUAUCGAUGACGUAGUCGUCAAGUCUCAGAAGGAGGACCAUAUCGCGGAUCUCAGGAAAGUAUUCGAGCGCAUGCGAAGACAUAGACUUAAGAUGAAUCCGGCCAAAUGUGUGUUUGGGGUCCAGGCAGGAGAUUUUUUGGGGUUCAUAGUUCAUCAGCGAGGGAUUGAGGUCCCCGAAGACAAGGCGAGCGCAGUUAUCAACGCGUCUCCCCCGCGGACGAAAAAGGAAUUACAGCGUCUUUUGGGCAAAAUCCAACCGUUCUCGCCAUUACUAAGGUUACAAGGGCAGAAUGAGUUUGUGUGGGAGGCUAAACAUCAAGAGGCUUUCGACAGUAUCAAGGCCUAUUUAGUAAGCCCACCAGUCCUGGUUCCACCCAGAGCCGGGGUCCCAUUAAAGCUGUACAUUUCAACAGCUGAGGCCUCCAUUGGCAGCCUGCUCGCUCAAGACAAUGAGGGAGGUGUCGAGCAUGCUAUAUUUUACCUUAGCCGCACAUUGACAGACUGCGAGACAAGGUACACCCCUAUGGAGAAGCUGUGCCUCACUCUGUACUUUUCAGCGUGCCGCAUUGGCAAAUGGGUAUUGCCUCUCUCAGAGUUCUCGCUCCAGUAUGUACCACAGAAAGCUGUCAAAGGGCAGGCCAUCGCAGACUUUCUCGCACAUCAUCCUACGUUAGAGAUACCCGCACUGAAGGAGUUAGAGAUUGCAUGCACCAAUACAACUCGACCAGAUUUGGCGUGCAUCCCUGAGUACGCGGUUUGGUACCAAGCUACAGUCUCCCUACAGCCUUGGGUUUUAUUCUUUGAUGGCUCAAGAACGGACACACUGGCUGGCGCGGGGAUUGUUCUGGAAAACCCGGCUGGUGACCGCUUCUCUUAUUCUUUCCAGCUAACAUUCCAAUGUACUAAUAAUCAGGCUGAAUAUGAAGCUCUUAUCAUUGGACUCGAAGUCUUACUGGAAAUGGGCGUACGGGACGUUCAGAUUCGCGGCGAUUCUCAGCUCGUUAUAAACCAGCUCCAGGAAAAAUAUCGUUGUGCGAGUUGGUUGCUCGUGCCAUAUCUGAAUCGCGCCGUCGAGCUUCUGGACCAAUUUACCGAUGUCGAUCUGGAACAUAUACCACGCGAGCGUAACUUUGCAGCUAAUGAGCUCGCUCAGUUGGCCACAGGAAUCACAUUGAAGUAUGGAGUGCGCGAGCGCAUUUUGAAAGUUGAGCGUCGCACAUUACCUUUGUGGCUUGCCCGACCUGAUCCACCAGAUGAUCCUGAAGUGGCGGUACUAGAACCUAUUGAUGUGGAUUGGCGAAUCCCGCUGAUUGAGUACCUCAAACAACCAGUUCCCGGAGCUGACAGGAGGAUUCGCUUCCUCGCAUUGAACUACUUCCUUCGAGGCGAUGAAUUACGACGACGUGGGGAGGAUGGCAUAGAUUUUUGA